AUGAAACUCUGGACGGUGCUCCAGGCACUGCUAAUCGCUGGAGUCUCUGGGGAAUCCUUGACUAAUUCGACCUCGAGCGGAGACGAUGACCCGACCGUACUGAAGAACCGUGGAGGAUGGGUUAACCCGGAGGACUUGGCGCCGAUGCCGCAGUGUAUCGCGCAACAAGACCAGUCCGCCUGGCUGGAUGCCAUGACAAAGUGCACUCGCCAUCGUUGCACCUCGUACUUUAUCUUUUGCACGCACUACCAGUGGCUUACUGAACUGAGCUGUCUCAGCACUGAGUUCUCGGCCAGCAUUGUCAAGCGCUACAGCAAGUACUGCAGCAGAUCUAUCCUCGCCAAGGCGCAACUUCAUGACUGGAUCCAGACGACAACCGGUAGAAACUGGCUUGUCGACGUUGGAGACACCAACAGCUUGCAAGGCCUUUCACCCAAAAGUCUGACCGAUGGAUACGCAUCCAUAGAUAUCGCCAACAAAGCGCCAUCAUGCCUGAGAGACUCGCCUUCCGCCAGAACCAAAGAGACGUUCGACCAUGUCAUCAGCUCAUGCAGCUUCACAGCCACGGCACAGCAUACGGGAAAUGCAGCUCGUCCAUGGGAAUACAACAGCCGACGAAACUCCAUGACAGCUCUCAGCUUCGACACCGCAAGCUACGACCUGACUAGCAGCCACAUUCCUGCGGGAGAGUAUUUCGACAAAGCCUGUUUUUGCAACACCUUUUCCAUGUCCCAGCACGAAGAACCAUGCUCGACAUCGAGCCCAACGGAUCUGGAGAUACAGCGGCGAUGGAUGAACGAAACAUGCGGAUAUACGUGGCAUGAGCCGACACACCUCCAGCCCCGUGACAUGAUCCCAUGGCGAUGGAGGAUCUAUCCCAGAUCCCCGGAUGGCGAUGCGCAGUGCCCUUCAAAUGAAUGGAAACUGAUAAGUAUCGGCUUAAUCAACUUGGUAACCUUCUUUGCUGUACUACACGCCAACAACUCACGGCAGAGUAAUGUCACCAGUCCUCGUCCGCUUUUCUAUCAUCCCGCACGGUGGAUCCUGGGAGGAGUUCUUCUCGGUUGCAUCCAUCUGCUCGCCAACUUAGCCAACGCAACUCUCGUCCAGUUCACCCCUGGCUACGAAGAUAUUCCUGCCGUACAGCUCGCGUUGCUCUGGUGCUCACUCCCUCGCCUCAGUUGGCUUCCCAUUUCGUCCCAUGGCACCAAGAACCCCGAAUUUCAGGACAUGACCUCCUCAAUGUCUGCAAUGUUUGCUGAAGCGAUUCUUCAAGCGUUUUCAUUCUACUACAUGUGUUUGACGGUGAACUAUGGCCGGAUUCACGACUCUUACUUCGGGGCUUUGACAAGGGCAACAAGGUCACCAUUUGCCCCGCUUAUGUUCGGCGGUGCACUCGCUUGGCUGUUCGUCGUGGCGAUGAUGGCUGUACCUGUCAUACGGACGAUACGAACUCGCGACAAGCGUAAUGAGAAAGAAGAUGGUGAGUCAGACAAGGGUACAAAGGAGUGGUCGAGGCCAAAGGAGGAGGAGGAGUGUCUGUUACCAAGGUCACAAACGGGAUCUGAAAGUCACAACUACGGUACCCUUCCAAACGAAGUGGAGUCUCUUGCCCCAUCUAUGAGACGUCAUUCACGACUUCACAUGACCCUCGCAAUGGGAGUGCCUAUUCUCUGGCUUGCGCAAUGGCUGUUCUGGAUCGGAUUUAUUGGCCUGAGCUCCCAUGAUUUCUGCCUCCCAUCGCUAGAGACUCUGACGGGUGUUUGGUUAGCCUCAUCUUUAGCAAGCGUUGUUAUUAGGUCUUAUCUUUAG